UUUAAUUCUUAACCUCAAAAAUUUUCAAAAAACAAAUAGAAAAUGAAUUACAGAGAAUUUCCUGAUUUCAAAGAAUUUUGUAAAGGGUUACCCUUACUGGUUUUACCUUCAACCCUGUGGAAUAUUCACAUAGAUCCCCAGUAUCAUUACGCCAUUAUAGUUCAGAUAGAGAUGAGACCGUUACUCAAAUUAUCCAUCGAACGAGGAGUUCUUUUAACGAUGAAUGUCACCCAAAAAACGAUCGAGCCAACGUUUUUUAUAGAAAAUGAAGUAAUCGACAUUCCAAAACUGAACAAUGCGAUUACCGGCAUUUCCGAUCUUUCACAUGUUGUUUAUGCUAUUCACAACAUGAAGGUUUGUCCAAAUGCGGGUCAGCAAAAUUUAAAAUGUAAGAGAUAUCUUGAUAUAGAUUCGUAUACUCAUUACUGUACAAGUUGUAACGAAGACGGUCUUACACCGUCUUUCACGUUAUACUCUGAAAACGCCAUUGCUGAACAAAAUAUAAGUGAAAUCUUACCAACGAUCCAAGGUUUUAAGAAAGAGCAGUCCUACGGUUGUGAUAAAUGUACAGAUAUUUUCACCACAGAAUCACAAUUGAAUGAACACUUAGAAUCUCACACGCCAAAAAUUUUCGUAUGCAAAGUGUGCAACAAAACUAGCACAAAAGAAUCGCUGCACCUGAAACACAUCAACGAAAAACAGAGUUUGUGUAACGUCUGCGGUAAAGUUUUCUGCCAAGUGUCUCGGAUGAAAGAGCAUUUGUUAACUCAUUCACUAGAACGUCCAUUUGAAUGUUCCACAUGCCACAAAUCCUUCGCCAAAAGCUACAGUUUAAAACUACACCAAAAAACCCAUUCAGGCGUUUAUUCGUAUAUCUGUAGUGCAUGUGGCAAAACGUAUACGACACAGAGUAACUUGAAAACACACAUCAAAAGUACCCACACCAAAGAAAAGCCCCACGCAUGUACCAGUUGCGAUAUGACAUUCGUGCACCCGCGUCACCUACGUAUACAUAUGCGGAAACAUACAGGAGAAAAACCAUAUACGUGUGCGGUCUGUAAAAAAUCUUUCGCUAAAAAUAUACAUCUGACUGUUCACUUACGGACACAUACCGGUGAAAAACCCUACGAGUGCAGUGAUUGUGGUAAAGGAUUUACGACGACCGGUAAUUUAAAUUCCCACAGACGCAUUAAUCACAAAAAUCUUGAUGUGAUGUAUGAAUAAAGAGAUUAUUCUAUA